AUCUCUUUCUCUCUUCCAUUUUCAAACACUCCAUAGUCGGCACCGUGUUCAUAGACAAAACCAGAGCUUCCGGUUCAAACUCCAUCUAUCACUGUCUCUGUGAAUCUCUGUUUCACUUUUUUGUUUCUCUCAGAGGUAAUAAAAUGGCGGUUCUCUCUGCAACUAAGCUCUUAAUCUUCUUCUUCUUUAGUUGCCACCUUUCUAUUUUCUCCUCCACUGCCACCGCCGUCUAUACCAUCGGCGUCAACUACGGAACCAUCGCCGACAACCUCCCAACUCCGGCACAAGUAGCAAACUUCCUCAAAACCAAAACAAACAUCGACCGGAUCAAGAUAUUCGACACGAAUCCCGACAUCCUUAAAGCCUUCGCCGGAACGGGGAUUUCCGUUACCGUUACGGUCGGAAACGGCGACAUACCGUCUCUGGCUAAGCUUCCCGGAGCUAAAGCUUGGAUCGAGAAGAACAUCUUGCCGUAUCAUCCGAAAACAAUCAUCAGAUACAUCGCCGUCGGGAAUGAAAUCCUCGCCACGUCGGAUAAAACUCUCAUAGCUCACCUUUUGCCCGCCAUGAAAGCACUCAGAUCGGCUCUCGACUCGGCUAACGCUACAAGUGUUAAAGUCUCGACGCCGCAUUCACUCGGGAUAUUGUCUACGUCGGAGCCGCCGAGUGCGGGGAAGUUCCGGAAAGGUUACGAUAAGCUCAUUUUCGCGCCGAUUUUGGAGUUCCAUAAGCAAACAAAAUCUCCUUUCAUGGUGAACCCAUACCCCUAUUUCGGGUUCAAGCCACAAACGUUGGAUUAUGCUUUGUUUAAACCAAACGGCGGCGUUUUCGACGCCGGUACGGGGAUAAACUACACCAACAUGUUCGACGCUCAACUGGACGCGGUUUAUACAGCUAUGAAACGGGUCGGGUAUGAGGAUGUGGAUCUCGUUGUGGCUGAAACCGGGUGGCCUUCUGUUGGUGAUCCGGGUCAACCCGGUGUGAGCUUGGAGAAUGCGUUGUCGUACAAUGGGAACCUCAUUAAGCACGUGGACUCUGGUAAAGGGACUCCAUUGAUGCCCAAUAGGACCUUUGAAACGUAUAUUUUCGCUUUGUUUAACGAGAACUUGAAGGAAUCGGUUCCGGAGCGGAACUUCGGGUUGUUUAAACCCGACUUGAAUCCGGUUUACGACGUGGGCAUACUCCGCAGUGAACAGGGGAUGGGUCCGACAUCAGCUCCAACGACGGCCACAGCUCCAUCGGCGGCCAUGGCUCCGUCGGCGGGAAAGGCGCCAUCAAAUGGUUCGGGGAAGUGGUGCGUGGCUAAAUCAAACGCCAGCAAUGCGGCGUUGCAAGCGAACAUAGAUUACGUGUGCAGCAGCGGAGUGGAUUGUAAGCCGAUCCAAUCGGCUGGGGCCUGCUUUAACCCCAAUAAUGUGAGGUCACAUGCAUCGUACGCAAUGAAUGCGUACUAUCAAGCCAAUGGUCGUCAUGAUUUCAACUGCGAUUUCAAUCGUACGGGUGUCAUCACCUCUACCGAUCCAAGUCAUGCAGCUUGUAACUAUUCAGUGAAUCAAGGGUCAGGGUUAAAAUUGGAAAGCUCAGUGGCCGCAAAUACAAUGAGAUUUAGCGCCGUUUGGCACGUGAUUUCUCUGGCUACCUUGUCGUACUGUAUGAUUUUUAUUAGAUUUUAUUAAAUUUGUAAGUGGCCUAGUUAGGUUUUUUGGUCAGAAGUUAAAUUUUAUUGGAAUUAACAUUUUUGCUUUUUGGGGGGCUAAGGUUGUACUAGACUUUCUGUUCAAUGAGUGAUAUAGCAUAAAUUUUUAAUUAAUAAAAUAUAAAAUAUUUUAAAUA